CCGUCACAUGCGACGGCAACCCUAAAAAUACCGAACUCGCUGACGCAGCCAUUCUAACGUCGUCAAAAUAGACGGCGCCACUCCCUUCCUAUUCUUCUGCUCUUUCUCUUCGUUCUCCCCCUCUCCCUCUCUGAGAAACUCACUUUCUCUCUCUACAAACUCUCUGUCUCUCUCUCUUGAAAUUUCAUUUCAAAGAGAUGCUUCUCUCUGCCCCCUUGUUUCCCUUAAAGGGAUAGAGUGUGUUCACCAGGCUGAUGAGGGUGCCAUUGGUGGUUUUGUUGAUGUAAGAAGCUGUAUACUGCUGUCUAUUUCAGAAUGGGUGCCGUUUGUUGUGUUGCUGCCAAAGACAAAACUUUACAAAGUGCAUCACCCAGUGAAAUCAUACAUCGGAAUAUUCGAUAUUCUCCAACAUGGAACUUUCGGUGGGAUCAUCGAGGGCGUGUAGCUGGUGAAGAUACUGCAGUAACUUGGUUUUCUAAUGGUAUUAGCAGGAAUGAUGGACUGGAGAAUAAAAAUGAACUCUCGUAUGCAUCGGACGAUGGAAGCCCGUUGCAGAAUUAUCAAAGGAAUAGAUGCCAAAAAGCCGCAGUCUCGGAAGGAACUGCUAGGAACCUGAUAAAUUCACCUUCAGAUCAAACUAUUUCAAGGAAUGUCUCAAUAAAUGUGAGCAUGCAACAGGCGAAGGGGUUGGCAGAAUCAUCAACAAUAUCAUGUCCGUAUCCCACAAAACCUCUACAUUCAUUGCCUUCUACUUCUUCAUCAAUAUCUCCUCAGUCAUACGAUAGUCACCCAUUCCCAUCCAGCUCAACCACUUCAAGGUUGCCUUGCCAUUCCACAGGAGAGCAAGUAUCUUAUCAAGUUUCUGAUAGCCAAACCUUGGGAUAUAAGACACCUAGCAACUCUUAUGUAUCUGAAGAGAGGCCAGUGUUGCCUUCGUUGAGCAAUGAAUCUGGUAUGCACUCCCAUGGCGGGUCUUCAGGUAAUUGGUCUAGGUCUGGCUUUUCUGAGCUAACUGGCAGUUCCUUCAAAGAAAGAUGGUCAUUUGAUAGUGAGUCAUUUGGUUUUAAUUGUGAAAGGCUGGUUAGAUCCAGUAGUCGGUUUUCAAAUUCUCCAGUUGAUUUCCAAACAUGUGGUGUUUGCUCAAAACUUUUAACUGAGAAGUCUUCUUUGGGCACCCAAAAGAUAAUUGCUAGUAAUGACCUUUCUGUAGUUUCUGUCCUUAUCUGUGGGCAUGUUUAUCAUGCUGAAUGUUUGGAGUGUUUGACACCUGAAGUCAACAAGUAUGAUCCACUUUGUCCAGUUUGCACUUUUGGUGAGAAAUAUACUCUUAAGUUGUCUGAAAAAGUUCUGAAAGCUGAAAUGGAUUUGAAGGCUAAAAAUAAGAAAUCAAGAAACCGAAUUGUGGACGGUGAUAUUGACGAUAAUUCUGUUGUGCAUGAACACUUUAGAGAAAAAUGGCGUCAAGCUAGCAAAGGUCUUCGAAUUGAUUCUAGUUCUAGUGGGAGAAGCUCUAAUGGGAAACCUUUUCUUAAGAGACAUUUCUCAUUUGGCUCAAGGAGUUCCAAACCCAUGCUAGAUAAUCAGUCAAGCCGGAAAAAAGGCUUCUUUUGGGCAAAAUCUAGCAGGGAAUAAGCUGCUUUGGGCUUGUUGAAAGGUUCCGUUGUUGAACUUCUACACAGCCUCAGAUAAAAUGUCCGAGGAAAUGGCAAGAUGACAUUCAUCAAGCAUUGAUUUAUGAUCUGUAUACACUAAUACAUGAUUUCUAAAGGUUUAGAAGCUGGAAUUUCUCUGUAAAGAAGAAAUAUGAAACUGAAAAGAUACAUAUAGGAAGACAAAGAUAUAGUGUUUAGAAAUCAAUGGUUUUGCUAUUUUGUACAGAUUGAUUAGAUUAUUGCAUAUGGAUAUAAUUCAUUCUCGGAAGAUGUUCUGUUGUCCCUUGUUCUGAUGAUAUGUAAUGCAAUAUAAAUGCCAUAGGCCAUUGGCAGAUUCUGGUGCUGAGCUAUGGUCUUCAAAGAUUGUUAGGCAAUAACAAUUAGUUUGUAUGACACAAAUUUAUUGUUAAAUUGUGAUAUUUGAAGAACACUUAAUCACUUCAAACAUUUUAUUUACCAUAUUUUGGUA